AAUAUAAGCAAGAUUUGGGAUAUCUCCUUCGAUCUUUCUCUUUUCUUAUCGUGUUUGGGUCACCGGUGGAGAUCUCUUGUUGACGAGUACUUGUCGUUAAACCAAUAGAGAAAAGGAAUUGGGAUUUUUCUUUGAUUUCGUUCCUGAAUCCAUCGAGAUCAACCAAAGUUCUCGGGUCGCCGCGCUAGGUUACGGCCGGUGAGGAUGUCUACUCCUGCAAGGAAGAGACUGAUGAGGGACUUCAAGAGAUUGCAACAAGAUCCACCUGCCGGCAUCAGUGGUGCUCCCCAAGACAAUAAUAUCAUGCUAUGGAAUGCUGUUAUAUUUGGGCCAGAUGAUACACCUUGGGAUGGAGGUACGUUUAAGCUGACCCUUCAGUUCACCGAGGAUUAUCCAAAUAAACCACCGACAGUUCGCUUUGUGUCUAGAAUGUUCCACCCUAAUAUUUAUGCUGAUGGAAGCAUUUGUUUGGACAUUCUGCAAAAUCAAUGGAGCCCAAUCUAUGAUGUAGCAGCUAUACUUACCUCUAUUCAGUCCUUGCUGUGUGACCCCAAUCCAAACUCUCCUGCUAAUUCUGAAGCUGCUAGGAUGUUUAGCGAGAACAAGCGUGAGUACAACAGGAGAGUACGCGAAAUUGUGGAGCAGAGUUGGACUGCUGAUUAGCCGUAAAAUGGUUGUAGGUGAACGGAAAAUAUAGUCGAGUGGCUUGUUUGCAUGAUAUUGUACCUGGGAAGAAAACUGAUUUGUUAUGUAAUUUGCGUAUUAUGUGAUAAUGCUUGCUUGGUUUAUAAAGAUGAACAACUUUGGUCUA